AUGAUUUCGAACAUUUUAUUCUUUAUUGCCACUUUAUGCAUCGUCAACGCGUCUGUGAAUACAAUAUAUGAUGCCGAUGGAUUAUCCAUUUCUGCUGAUUCUGUCAAUGGUGAACCUGGCAAUUUUGAUCUGAAUUUAAAUGAGGAUGUUGAAGGUUUGUCUAUAACUGCAGAUACUGUCAAUGAUGAAUCUGAAAAUUUCGGCUUGAAUUUCAAUGAAGUUGUUGAAGAAUCUCCCAUGGGCAUUGCAGGACUAAAACUGGAUUCUUCAGAGUCACCUAGCGAAGAAAGAAUACGCAUAUGUAAUUCAAAUAUUUGCAACCGUGUGUGUCGCAUCGUGAACUUAAGAGGCAAAUGUGUAAAAAAGCGAUGCAGAUGCUUACCAAGAGCGCUUUCUAUGCUGGACCAAGCUGGUUUAAUGGUCGAUGAAGAAGUUGAAAACCCUAAUUUGAUCACUGAGGAGUAA